AUGAGUUUUAGCAACAACAGUUUUAGAGGGAGUAUCCCACCUUCUUUCGGGAGCUUGUCAUCCCUGCAGGAGCUCACUUUGUCGAUUAACGAUUUGACUGGGAUCCUACCCGAAGCUCUUGGACGACUAACAAUUCUUUCAUGUCUCACGGUAGGAUCAAAUGCAAUUUCUAGAGUUCUUCCUAUUUCAAUGUUCAAUCUCUCCAACCUCGGUGUAUUUGAUAUUACUGAGAACAUGAUUCAAGGCACUCUUUCUUCUUGCAUAGAAAUUAAUAUGCCAUAUGUUGAGUUCUUUUCUGUAGGAGGAAAUCAAAUAUCUGGGCAAAUCCCGAUUUCAAUAUCUAAAGCUACAAAUCUGAAUGCACUUCAAUUUGCGGGAAACAUGCUCAAUGGGAAUGUUCCAUCAUUAGAAAAGCUAGAUGAACUGUUCAGAUUAGCCUUGUUCCAAAACCAUUUGGGAUACGGGAAAGAUGGUGACUUGGACUUCCUCUGCACUUUGGUCAACAAUACCAUAGAUUUCACGAUCGUUGCAUCCACAAGUGGUUGA